GUAACUUGGUAAACAUUCCUCUACACAAAAUUAGACCAUGACGAAUCUAAGCAUUUCACAAUUUCACCCGGGAACCAUGGCUAUGAAGCGAAUAUACAAGGAAUGGCAGAACUUUGUGGAAGAUCCUAUUAAGGGGAUAUCCUACGGACCCCCCCUAGACCACUGGAACCACUGGGACGCGAUCAUAGAAGGUCCGGCUGGUACACCCUAUGAAGGUGGGUCUUUUAUGUUGGACGUGGUGAUCCCCGUGGAAUACCCAUUUGCACCCCCCAAGGUGCAGUUCAAGACACGUGUCUAUCACCCAAACAUCAGCAGGAAAGGCGUGUUCAAGCUGGACGUUCUCAGAGAUCAGUGGAGCUCACCAAUCACUGUAGCCAAAGUUUUACUGUAUGUGAGAUGCUUGCUGGUGGAUGACAUUAAUCCAGAUGAUCCCUUGGAACCAGACAUUGCCCGUCUGUACAAAACUGACCGGGCGAAAUAUGAGCAGACCGUCAGAGAGUGGACGAAGAAAUAUGCCAUGUGAAGUCAUCUCCACAACUCACCAUGUCAGCUCAUCUCCACAACUCACCAUGUGAACUCAUCUCCACAACUCACCAUGUGAACUCAUCUCCACAACUCACCAUGUGAACUCAUCUCCACAACUCACCAUGUGAACUCAUCUCAACAACUCACCAUGUCAGAACUCAUCUCCACAACUCACCAUGUCAGCUCAUCUCCAUAACUCACCAUGUCAGCUCAUCUCCACAACUCACCAUGUCAACUCAUCUCCACAACUCACCAUGUCAGCUCAUCUCCACAACUCACCAUGUCAGCUCAUCUCCACAACUCACCAUGUCAACUCAUCUCCACAACUCACCAUGUCAACUCAUCUCCACAACUCACCAUG